CCCGUUUGCUUCCCUUACUACAAAGUCUCUCCUCCACUACACUCGACACUCACUCCUCAACUCACAUUCGCUAAACUGCCUCACAGUCUCUACACAAGUUCGUCUAAUACUCAACAUCCACCACCAAGAUGCGCGUUCAACUACUCUCCGUCCUCGCUGCGGCGUCAGCUGCCGUCAGCGCCCAGUCUUCGACAAUUGUUCCUGCACCAGUCGUCACUGGCAACCACAUGGGCCCAAAGUACAUUGCUACCCUGCCUGAAAAGGAGGGCAGUACCGUUCGUGGUUCCAUCGCCGCGAUGCCGGCCACCGAUGGCACUGGUGUCAAAUUCGAUGUCUCCAUCUCCGGUCUGCCAGCUGAGGGCGGCCCGUUCAUGUACCACCUCCACGCGAAGCCUGUUCCAUCGGACGGCAACUGCACUGGUACCGGCGCCCACCUCGACCCGUACAUGCGUGGCGAGGUCCCAGCGUGCGAUGCCAGCAAGCCCGAGACGUGCCAGACUGGCGAUCUCAGCGGCAAGCAUGGCAACAUCACCAGCCAAGAGUGGAGUCAAGAAUACGUUGAUCUCUACUCAGCCACCCGAUCGGACGACGUCGCCUUCUUCGGCAACCUCUCUGUUGUCGUCCACAUGUCCGACAAGAAGCGUAUUGCCUGCGCCAACUUUACCCUCGCAGCCAUGUAUGACCCAAUCCGCACCUUGUCGUACCUUUCAACUGCUUCUUCUGGCUUUGCUCUCCCUACUGGCUCUGGCGUCUAUAACACCACCGCUCUCUCCACUCCAACCGGUAGCAGGACAGGUGUCCCAAUUUCGCCGUCUGCCUCUUCAACAGGAUUGCCAGAAUCAAACGGAGCAGCAGAGAAGCUCAUUGGUGGUACUGCCGCCAUCUUCGUUGCUGCGGCUGCUCUGAUGCUUUAGAUGGUAUGGCGUGCAUAUGAGGAAGCGCUUGACUUCUGGGCUGCUUUGAGGACGGACAUUUGUGCAUAUCGGCGUUACGGAUGAUUAUCAUUGAUACCAGAUGGGCAGAGCGUGGCUCGUCAUCUCCACACGGUGGGGUCUACUUCUUUUUCGGGCAUUUCAUGUAUAUGACAGGCUUGUUUUCCAGCACGUGGUAAAAUGUGUAAUGAGAGUUGAUGGUGAGUGCAAAUACCAUAACAUAUAAUGAGCAAAGUACGAUUCUUCGCCA